CGCAAAAGCUUUAUGAACCUACAAACAAACUUAUAUUCGUAUAUGAGUAUAUGACCAUAGCGUGUUGAUCGUUGCUCUUUCUCGCAUCUCAUUGCUAGCAAACGGGAGAAUGGACAGUAGUUGUUUGAUCGCGUAUGUUCAAAAAUCAGUUCAUCGGGAGCCUUAAAAGCGAUUGCACACUUGACUAGUGUAACUUUUGUGAAAAAAUCAUAAAAAAAUCAUAAAAAAAUAAAACAAACAAAUAAAAAACGAAAAUAUAAAGAAUAUAUAUAUUUGCUAAUAAUAAUAAUACCCAAGUCAUAAAACAUAUUUUAAGCUACAAAAAAUACAAAAAGUGUAUCAGCACCAUUAUAAUACAUAGCAUAUACAUAAUUUCGCAAUUUUUAUCAACGCUCGAGUGUAUAGCAUAUAUAAGAAUAAGCAUAGUAAUGGCCACAGCACAGCAGCCAAAUGGUUUACUUAACACUAAAACCGGCUUAAAGAAAGAGGAACUUAUUGAUAUGGAAGAUGAUCACACGGAGAAACACUCGCUUAGCAAUGAUUUCAUGGGUUCAGAACGCAGUCAAGUAGAUGGAGCAAUACGGCAUCCAGAGGAUCUGGAUUCUCUGGAUGAGUACGUUGCCGUGGAUGUAAAUGCUUAUGCUCAUAAGAAAACUCUGGCACAGGGUAUGAUGGAUUUAGCAUUACUCACAGCAAAUGCCAAUCAGUUGCGCUAUGUGGUGGAGACCUAUAAAAAUCAUCCAUAUUUCUACCCCAGUUUGGUAUUAUUGAUACUUAGUAUUGGCUUCCAAAUAGCCGUUGGCGUUGGCUUGAUACUCAACAGCCGUUACAACAUUGAAGACAAAAAAGAAGUAUGUCAUGCUGAAAAAGUCAGUAACUACACAAUUUGUGGCAUUUUUAUAAUAACUGUGAUCAAUGUCUUCAUUUCUGCGUUUGGUGUGGCGGAUGCGCCAGAUGGCAAGUAAUAGAGGAAACCGCUCCAUUAACCAGGGUGCAUAAGCUGUCGUGAUAUUCAAGAUUAUUGUUUUUUUUUUACGAUAAAUAUCUCAUUUGAUAAAGUAUAUUAUAUAUUUCUUUAUAUAUGUAAUUAUAAGCUAACUUAAGUAAUCUCAAAUUAUUAUAAUUGUUUUAUUACAAAUACAAAGCAGCAUAUAUUAUAUGUAUUAGUAUGCUUUUUUAAGAUCAUUUCUCGAAUACUUUAAGCACUUGAAAUAUAUAAUAUUUGUUAUAUAGAGUAUAUUAGUAAGUGCAUUGAAAAGUUAGCUAAAUAUAAAAUUUUUAUAUUUUUGCUUAAAA